AUGAGCGGGCAGUGCGCGUGGCAUGACCUGCGUUGUACGCCAAAGAGCGGACGCAGCGUUUCGGCAGCAGGGCGGCGGCAUCGAAGACCAGGAUGCGGAUCGAGGAUCCCAUCGGGAGAUGGUCUAGAACAUCAUCCUAAGGCAGCUUGUGAAGACGUCUUCAGAACGUGGAUCGCCGAGGGUGAACGCCGAGACCAGUUGAAACCCGCCGGAACGGACCUCCCUCCGCGGCACGUGAACCAUCCGUUUCUUGUCGGCUUCUCGUCGCGAAGCGGGAAUGCCCUUCGACUUAUCGAGAAGAGGGUUUUGUCCAGCUUCUCUUCGACCAGUCCGAGCGUCGGUUCGCGACUAUCGUCGGCUGUGAGCGUAAAAAACCACUCCGGUCUGGCUGGUGCUACAAAGUUGGACACCCCAUCCCUGGAACAGCUCGAAGAAACACUCUGGGGCUGCCCUAGCCACGGCAGCGCAAGACCGCAGACCCGACAGUCGACUGACGGGAAACCCACCCAAUCCUGUUCCCGAGAACCUGCUGCGGCUGCUCCCUCCGAUCAAACUAGUGGCUUGAAGGGCGCGAAUAGUACUGAAUUUUUCCGAAGACCGUUGUUGAACAACGCGCGGUCAACUCGCCGGCCUCUUAGCGAAGUAGUCUUUAGCUGCACAGCGCGCCGGCCUCUCUUGUCUGCUGGUUUUGAUGGCAGCAGCGCCCCUCUCAGGUCGCCUGCGAAUGCGAGCGAGACACCCAAACGCGAGUGGGCGCGUCGCAUGCCGUUGUCAUCAGAGUGGUCGCCUGUGGCACAGCAGAAGAGAGCAAAGACCUCUCAGGGCAGGGCUUCCGCAGGACAGCCGAUUGCUUCGGCGGCCGAAAACAGAGCCCCUACGGGAGCAGCCCACCCCCCCUCCUCCUGCGCACCUGCGUUAUCUAGAGAGACACGGUACAACGAGCCUUUGUUUGCCUUCAAAGAUGACCGGAUCAAGCUGAGUCUUGAGGAAUUCGACGAUCCCGAUGCAUACGACGAUCUGGCUCCGGAGGAAUGGGUUCGGCUAUGCGCCGCCCGACGAAGGAUGUACGGACGAAGCCAGAAGUGCACGUCGGGCUGUUCCACCACAGAAACGCCCCCGGCUCUUGAUUCGGUCUCACAGGCGCAAAGCGCUUGCGAUGACUUGACGCAUGAAGAGAAGCCCUCCCCCCGUACUAGCAACUUGGAGCGUGCUUUACCGCGGCAGCCUGAAGACAGUUCUCCCGCUGCUGAGCACAGCCAUGGAGAAAUAGAUGGCCGUCCGCACGCUGAUGCCUCGAGAAAGCAUACCAGUGACGUUAGCACAGUUGUUGUCGCCGAAGAGGCGGACCCUAAAAAUCACACCAUCGACGGAGAUUGCCCCGAGGAUGCGACCGUUCUGCAUUUUCUCGGUGGAGACUGGGUCAUGACCCCAUGCUGGGUUCUUUCAUAUUUGAAGGGUGAAAAGCGAUUUAGGGUGCGCUUGAAAGUAGAUGGAAAGGAGAAAUGCGUGCGACGCCUCUCCCUCCAGUUUGUUGGCGAAGUCGCGGCAGAGUGUCAAGAAAGGUCAGAUCGAUGCAGACGUCGACGGCACCAGAUGCAUCUCCGCCAGGCUCUCAUCAAUCUCAUCCACAGUCUUCACGACGACGACUUCCAGCCUCUCGGAAUACAAGCAAAAAAACGAAUGCUGAAACGACUCCUGCUCAAAGGGCGUGGGCACCUGCGAAAGCUUGAUUCCAGGUAUAUCCGCAACCUUUUCGACGAAUUUCAAGACCUUCACCAGUUCGCACUGAAGUUCGCCGCGAUCCGGCACAGGACGUUCACUCUGAACGGGACCCCAUACGCUUUCCUCUCACCUGAUAAGUUGAACUCGAGAUUUGGUCGCCUCUUUCUGCCGCUUCUUCCUCCGCUGAUGAAGGAGAAGGGGUGUGAAUCCAUCGCAGGAAUGCAACCCCUCUCGCGAACUCGAGCACUUCUCAAACGAAGUCCACAUUUUAUGAGGCAGGAAGUCGCAAAGGCAUUCAGACUGAAUCAUUUUAUUCAGCACCAACAAGACCAUUGUGCAGACAUCAGGGACGUUCUGGGAGAACACUGGCGUGACUUUAUUCACAAUGAAACAAUGGCGGCUCUGGGUGCCUUCGGAAGCGAUUACCACUUCUAUGUAGAUGACCUGGAGAAGCACCUGCGGAGCGACCUGCAUAAGAUCCUCCGGAAAAUCGACAUCAUCCUCUCCCACUGCAUGCUGGAGUUCAUCCGAGCUUCUAUUGCCGACUGGAGGUCCUUCUUCCUCUCCUUCGUCAGCGACGAAACCCACCUUCCUGUCGAUCCUCUCCUCAUUCUAGACGUGUGCGCCACAGACCGAGAGCAGGAGCUUCUACCCUUUUUAGACUUGCCCGAUCGUCCGCUGUACGAGAUCUCAGCGUCGUUUGAACCCCUGAGAGAGGCUCGAGAGAUGGUUCAUGAGGUACUUCGGGCGGCCUUGGGCGAAGCCGAAAACUAUUUGGCGACCUUUGACAAGUUCAAGUACCUGAAUUCUGCCGCCGAGCACGGAAAGAACGGCCAGCACGCCGACUUCGAUCCUUCAGAUGUUCCACGCGUCCAGGCGCACCUCGAAAAAUACCAUACUGCGAUGUUUGAGAUCCAGACAGAGUGCCCGGCAGAAGUGAGGCUGAAAAUGGUUGUCUUGGACUGCGCGGACGUCAAAGCGAAACUGACAGCCCGCGCGGAAGCUCUCUGGAGGGACGGGUGUGAAAUAGUUGCAAAGUCCGUCGAGCAACAGGUGACUUCCGUCAUGAACGACUGGAGCGAGCUCCAUGACCGCAUUUUGGCGAUUCCGGCAACCGAGGAAGAACUGGCCUCCCUAAAGAUCCUCAUCGCGAAAAUCAAUGAACUCACUGACCCCCUGGUCGCGAAGACCAAACUCAUCCACGAAACCAUCGACCUCCUCGCUUCCUUCAACUUCCCCAUCGACAAGGCUGUUCACGAGGAGGCCUACAAAGCCUUCAGCUGGCCUCUGCAAAUCAAAUUCGAUCUCGUGGAAACGACUGGCAUUCUCGAACAAGGAAGGCUGCGGUUUGAAGAAAAGCUCGAGGUCAACAAGGCAGAGUUGACUAAAGAGUUCGGAGAACUGGAACUCGAGCUGCAGUUCAUUCAGGAUGAGAUGACUGUCUUCGAACAAAGCAUGGAAUACAACAAACGCAUGUUGCAAGUUCAAGAGCGCCUCCUCGCUGCGAAAAAGAAAGCAGAGGAUUUCACGAAAGCCGAAACUCUCUUUGGCGUGGAGGAACCGUCGGACUACAGCCACAUCGACGACCUCUUGAAUCGGUUUGAGCCGUUUCGAAAACUGUGGGCGUUGGCUGUGGACUUCAAGUACGGCGAGUACCAUUGGCUGCGCUGCACCAUAACGUCUCUCGACCCGACGGAGGUGGAGACGAGCCUCGAUCAGUGGAGCCAGGAAGCGUACAGGCUGCGGAAGCAGUUCCUGCAGGAGUCGCGGUCGACGCAAGUCGAUGUCGCCGACGCGCUGCGGCAGGCGAUUGAGCGUUUCCGCGAGCACCUCCCGGUCAUUCGUCCGCUGUGCAGCGAGGCGUUUCUGCCACGCCACUGGGUGGACUUGCUGCGGACGCUGAACUGCGAGCUGGACGUCGAGGAAGGCUUCUCGCUAGCGCAGCUGUUGGAGAGCGGCGUGCAGGCGCACCUGGCGACGAUCGAGGAGAAGAGCGAGCUGGCGCAGAAGGAGUUCACGUUGAAGAGCUCGCUCGUGAAGAUGAAGUUCGAGUGGAAGCCGGUUCAGCUUCUUCUCGUUCCUUUCAAAGACACACAUACGUGCGUCAUGAAGGGCUUCGACGUCGCCUACGCGCUGCUGGAUGAUCAGCUCGUCCGCACACAGACGAUGCGAGGCUCGCGCUUCAUCCGAUGCAUCGAACACCAGAGUCGUGAGUGGGAGGCCAAAUUGCUAGACACGCAGCAGGCGCUGGAGAGUCUUCAGGCUUGCCAGCGGUCGUGGAUGUACCUGGAGCCUAUCUUCCGCAGCGAAGACAUCGCGAAACAGAUUCCUCGCGAGGCCGCGCUCUUCCGCGAAGUCGAUAACCUCUGGCGACGCACUGUCGCGCAAGCUGAGGAAACGCCUGGCGUGCUGGACAUUGCGGAACUCGACAACCUACACCACGACUUGACGCAGGCUAACGCGAAGCUCGCGCAAGUCAUGCGCGCCCUGAACGACUUCCUCGAGGGCAAGCGCCUCAUCUUCCCGCGCUUCUUCUUCCUAUCCAACGACGAACUCCUCGCGAUCCUCUCGCAAACAAGCGACCUGUCACCCCUGCAAAUGCACCUUGAUAAAUGCUUUGAGGGCGUGCACCGCGUCGCCUUCGGAGACCGCGGAACAACCAUCAACGCCAUACAGAGCGCCGAAGGCGAGGAAAUUCCGCUCGUGCGGACGGUCGCGCUCAGUGACGGGAGCAGAUUCCUCGGAGCUGAGAACUGGCUCGGCGAGCUCGAGAGCUCCGUCAGCGACAGCCUCCGCAGCGUGAUGGAGGCGGCGAUGAAGGACUACCCGAGGCGCGCGCGCACGGACUGGUGUCUGCGCUGGCCUGGGCAGGCGGUCCUUGCGGUCAGCCAACUCUUCUGGACUUCCGAAGUCGCAGAGGCCAUCGACGCCGCCCAGCUCGCGAGCUAUCUCGCAAAAUGCAACGACCAGCUCCAGGGACUCGUGCGUCUGGUGCGGGGUUCGCUGACGAAGCUGAAUCGGUUGACGGUGACGACGCUGCUGUCGCUGGACGUUCACGCGCGCGACGUGGUGCAGGAUCUUCAGCGGGCGGGGGCCGCUUCGCCUUCGGACUUUGAGUGGCUCGCGCAGCUGCGUCUCUCGUGGCAGGCGCCGGGGAGCGUGACGCUGCUCUCGGGGAAGCCGAAUGCGAAGCCGGAGCUGCAGCUGAAGGUGAUUGACGCGCACAUUUUCUACGGCUUCGAGUACCUGGGGAACUCUGAGCGGCUGGUUGUCACGCCGCUGACCGACCGCUGCUACCGCACGCUGAUUGGCGCCUUCCACCUGCAGUACGGCGGCGCGCCCGAGGGGCCCGCAGGGACAGGCAAGACGGAGACGACGAAGGACCUCGCGAAGGCUGCCGGCAUGAAGUGCCUCGUGUUCAACUGCUCCGACGGCCUCGACUGCGUCUCGAUUGGCAGAUUCUUCAAAGGCCUCGCCGCCUCCGGCGCCUGGUGCUGCUUCGACGAAUUCAACCGCAUCAACGUCGAGGUCCUCUCCGUCAUUGCGCAGCAGGUCCACGCCAUCCAGCAGGCCAUCCGCAACCAAGUCAAAACUUUCCUCUUCGAGGGAACCGACGUCAGACUCGUCCCUUCCUGCGCCAUCAAUAUCACCAUGAACCCUGGAUACGCCGGCCGCUCCGACCUACCCGACAACUUGAAGGCUCUCUUCCGACCGUGCGCCAUGAUGAUCCCCGACUACGCGCUGAUUGCUGAGGUAGUGCUCUACGCGAGUGGCUUCGAAGACGCGCGCAACGUGGGUAGAAAGGCGCUGGGUUGUCUGCGGCUGUCGUCGGAGCAGCUGUCGUCGCAGGACCACUACGAUUUCGGGAUGCGGGCGCUGAAGGCGGUUCUGACGGCGGCUGGGCAUCUGAAGCAGAAGCUCGGCUCGCGGUUCAGCGAGGAGGAGCUGACGCUCUAUGCGCUGGAGCAAGUGAGCGUGCCCAAGUUCACGCCCGGCGACGUCCGUCUCUUCCGCGGCAUCGUCGCCGACCUGUUCCCUGACGUCGCUCCUGCGGCGGAGGCGAACGCGCUUCUGCUCGCGGAACUCGAGGCCGCGGCGCGGCGGAAGGCGCUCCAGCCGACUGCGAGCUUCUUGGAGAAGUGCAUGCAGCUCUGGAACACAGUCAAAGUGCGGCACGGACUCAUGCUCGUCGGUGCUACCCUCACCGGCAAGACAGCCGUCCUCGAGUGCCUUGCCGACGCGCUCGCGGAGGCUGGAAAACAUUGCAGAAAAUCGGGAAGAAUCCGGGAAAAGCUGGGAGACGACCACGCCGAGAGUCGCGGGAGCGCGGACGGAGAAGAUGUCAACAAGAGGGAAAGCUCUCGCGGAAAGGAGGCGAGCGACGAGCCAGACAGAAACCGAGGCGAGAAGCGAGACGACGGAGACGGCGCCCUCCCGAUGGACGUGGGGGACGAGGCGACGGAAGAUGAAGAAGACCGAAGUGAAGAUGAGGAAGACGAGAACGAAGAAGAUAGGGACGAAAGCGGCGAGGCGUCGGAAUACAUGCCAUGCAAAGUGUGCAAAAUCAACCCGAAAAGCAUCACCCUUGGGCAGCUCUACGGAAAGUACGACGAAAAUACGCAAGAGUGGACCGACGGCAUUCUCCCGAUUGUCCUUCGCAAAGCCGCGAGGCGCCCGAACCUCAGAAAAAGACACUGGGUCGUUCUCGACGGCCCCGUCGACGCGAUCUGGAUCGAGAACAUGAACACGGUCCUGGACGACAACAAGAAGCUGUGUUUGACGAGUGGCGAGAUCAUCAAGCUCUCGACGUUGACAACGAUGGUCUUCGAAGUUGAAGACCUCUCCGCGGCGUCGCCCGCGACCGUCUCGCGCUGCGGCAUGGUCUACCUCGACCCCAUGCAGUGCGGAUGGCAGCCGAUUGUCCUGUCGUGGAUUGAGAGACAGAAGAGGACUCGCUCGCCUGUCUCCGCCGCGCUGGCCGCUCUGGCGCCGCAGGAACAAGGCAUGGAGUCUCCGCUCCGAGACCUCUUUCUCCACGCGCUUCCAGUCUGCCUGCAGUUCAUCAGAACCAACUGCGAGACGCCCGUUCCCGUCUCCAGCAACUGGUGA